GGACAGAGUAUCGCAUUGCUGCCACCACACCAGAUAAUUACACAUCCACCAUGGUCCUCCGACUCCGUCUCGCGCGCGUCUCCACGCCCACAGGCGCAAAGCGCCAUGCUCCCUUCUACAACAUCGUCCUCGCCCAAGACAAGACCGCCCGCGACUCCAAACCCAUGGAAGUCCUAGGCACAUACGACCCCAUACCCAAACUUCCUGUAGGCGCCGAACCUGGCCAAAAGAAACAAAAAGACAUCAAAAUCGACGUUAGCAGAGCAAAAUACUGGUUGGGAGUCGGAGCGCAACCUAGUGAUACGGUUUGGAGGUUAUUGAGCAUGAUCGGUCUCCUCGAGCCACGAUAUCUGCCCUCAGGCCCUCAGACCCUCAAAGCCGCCCGCUUCCCAACACAUUUACCAAGAGAAGAUAGACAACAGCAACAACAAGAUAAUUUGGAACGUAUAAGGAAACGCAUCGCGCCGUUCAGGUCAGGCAACGGACCAGUAUCACAGGCAGUCGAGGAUCUGAAGUCUUCAAGACAAUAGUGGAAGAAGCUGCGCCAGCAAGCACCACCAGUCCUAUGAACCCGAAUGCGGUGUGAAGCGAUAGAACGGGCCAAGGAGAGGAGGAAAUUCCGUGAGAACAGGGCCAAACGCCCGCUUCUCCACGACAUAGCAGCGCUCUUCUGGUGGAAGAGUUGGAGGUAUGCCGAGAGCCGCAAUGUACGAUCAUGCUCUGAUCGAGUGCCUGCCAGAAAUAAUUGGUAUUGGAGCACAGGGAGGUCACAGCGAGCCAAGAAUGAAAGGCAAAAUAUGCCGACGCAGGCUGCCAACUGCACAGGAAAUUGUACAUAUCCGCAUGAGCAACGUGUAUGAGAGUGGAAAGCUGCAAUGCACAACCACAGAGAGACCAACAAAAC